UCAGCAGCGAUGCUUUCAUUGGGGCAACAGCAUAAAUUUUUGGAGGCUGUUGCAUAAAGCGAGUAAAGUUAAGUGAUAAAGUAAAUAAAAAACGAUAAGUUAGAGAGCGAAUGCAAACAAAUUCUGAUUAAAAAAAUAGUAAAAAAAAAUUCAGCAGCUGAGACAGUGAAGUGCAAGUGCAUUGAGAAAUAUAUACAUAUAUGUAUGUAUGUACUAAGUACAUGAGUAUGUUACGCUUUCAAAAAGUAUUACGAAAAGUGACACCAGCGUUGUACAAUAACUCAAACUGCAAAGCUAUGAUUAGCACUUGAAUAGGAGUUAAAAAUACACUUAAAAAAAAAAAAAACUAAUCGCGCUCUAAAAGUUUGCAUUCACAUCGCGCCAACAGCCUGCCAGUUUACAUAAUUUAUCAACCGACACAUUAUUGCGAAGCCACCAAGUCAAGUCAAGUCAGUCAGUGAGCCCGUCAGCCAGCCAGUCAGCCAGUCAGCCAAGCCAUUGCAACUCAGCGCCGUCUAACAGCAUCUUUUCAAAAUCAGUGCGCUUAUAAAUAAUUCAACUAAGGUUCGCAGAUAUCACAACUCUCUACAUUCUGCAUAGUUAUCAAGUCAAUUCAACUUUUAUUAUUCAGUCAGCUACUUCAAGGCCACUGCCGCCGCAGCUAAAGCAUCAUGUCAGUCUGGAGCACAAAUGCGUCUGGAAUAGAGAAUGCUUUGGGUGCACAACAACAGCAACAAUUCAAGGCAAUUCAUUGCACAAGCAGCAAUAGUAUACAGAGUGCUAAUGCAGGUAACAGCAGCGGUUCCAGCAACAAUCACGCCUGUAAUCAACACAGUAAAAUCUUAGCCAGUCAAAGCCUCACUGCAAUUGGAAGUCUCGCACAUCUCCAUAAUAUUAAUCAUUCGCCCAGCGGCAGCGGCACUACAAGUACUUCGGGAACAGGUUCAGGCAGUACACCACAUUUGGGCCAACAUUUCCACACUUCUGCACUAUCGGCUGCUACCGCAACAAUAAUUGCCGCCACUGCGGCUUCACUAGCUGGAGGACACUCGAAUUCACAUAUCAAUAACAAUAAUAAUAACGGAAAUAACAACAACACUAACAAUUCCAACGCUUAUCAACGUAAUAAUAGUAUCUCUCAGUACACGCCAACAACUUCCAGAAUAUCGAACAAAUAUGCGAUUGUGUGUGUGAACGUGUUGGUCGUCAACAAAAACCACCGGGGACCGAGGCGAUUAAUGCGCUGCUCGUAAAAUGAGGCGCAGUAAAGCGUAACGUUCCACCUGCGCACAAAUACGGCUACAUACAUAUCUUUAGAUUGUUCAUUCGUGCAGGUGAUUGCCCUUGGAAACAUACAAAUGUAUUAAAUAAAU